AUGGGUGGGGGUGGGGGUGGGGUGGCGAUGGUGGCGCAGGAAGCGGUUGGUCAGCCAGCGGUGUUACUGCGCUGUCGCAACAACAACAACAGCAACAACGACAAUGAUAUGCGCGAAGACACCCCAUCUGGAAAUGACGAACCACCAGCGCAAUCAGAUAGCGCAAAGCAAAGCCAGAGCCUUGACGGCCACACCAGGUAUACUGUCAGACUGAUAUCACCAUAUUUUCAGUUGAUAACACCAUCUUCAUUUGCACUUGUACAGGAAGAAGGGCGUCCAAGAGUGUCAAAUUUGAAUGGAGAUGUAUCUGAAGUGAAGCUUCGCAUGUAA